CAUGGAGAGUUAGUUGAUGAAAUAAACUUGCCUGGGUUAUGUACUGGUUUAGCAUGGGAUAAAGAAGGAGAUACAUUGGGGAUAAUACAUGAUAAUAAAUCUGGUGUAAUUUAUUUAUGGGAUGCAAACUCAAGAAAAGUUAACCAACUGGAAAGUGGCCUAAGGGAUACUCUAACGUUCCUCGCCUGGUCGAUGGUUGGAGGUCAGCUUGGUAUUGGGUCUCUCAAAGGCAAUCUCUUAAUCAUAACCACAAACAUCAAGAUAUUUCCAUGCAAAGUUUCGUCUUAA